AUGCUGAGCAACUUCAACACCAGAGACCUUUUCAACCAUUUCUUCUGUGAGACGGCCAAGGGCAACCCUGGCCUGUGGUGUCCCGGGACGCGGUGUCAGCAGACCAGCGUGGACGGCCCGAGAUGUGAGAGUGGGGACGAGCGGGCGAUGGUGACCAGCCCCCCCAGGUCGCCGAGCUCCCCGCAGACAGACCUGAGAGACCGCACGCCCUCGCCACCCUCUGGACCUAAUAACGCCUGCAGCAAUGGGCCCAUGUGGACGGACGAUGCCGGCCUCGACAACCCUGCCUUUGAGGAGAGCACAGAGGAAGACAGUGUGGUCGGGUUGGAGUGCGUGGUCCCCAGGGUGAAGCGGCCCCUCAGUAAUCCCUGCAUCCACCUCCUCCGCUCUGUCAGCUCCACUUCCUCUGGCUGGGACUGCCCUGAGUCCCCGCCUCUCUCUGCCGAAGAGGGCUGCGUGAAGUUGCCCUCACUUCCUGAAGGAGAGAUAACUGCCAUAGAAGUCCACCGGGCCAACCCGUACGUCGAGCUGGGCAUCAGUGUCGUCGGGGGAAAUGAAACGCCACUCAUCAACAUCGUGAUUCAGGAGGUGUACAGAGACGGGGUCAUCGCACGAGACGGGAGGCUGCUGGCCGGGGAUCAGAUAUUACAG